GGUGAUGGUCAGCGGCUGAUUGUUUCCUCAAAGCUCUGCUGAUGUCUGCAUUGGUGUUUUAACUGCAGUAUGGCAGAGGAGCGAGUAAAGGACUCUCUCUCAGAGAAACACAGUGUGAGAUCUGGAUCAUGUGUGUCUCUGAAGAGUGAUCAGUCUAAAGGUGUUCCACCAGAGUUCAGUGAGAAAACCCCAUCAUCUGCCAUCAGUGUGAGAUCAGGAUCAUGUGUGUCCAGCUCUGUGUCUCUCAAGAGUGACUGUUCUAAAGAGUGGAAUCCACCAUACUUCAGAGAGAAAACACCAUCAUCUGCUCAAAGUGGUGAAUACGAGUCAGCAGAUUCAGGAGACGAGACUCACAGGAGACACAAGAGCUUCACAGACAAUCUCCAGUCAAUCUUCCAGAAUCUUGAGAGUAAAAUGAUCAGAUUUCUGAAGAAUGAACUGGAGAAAUUUAAGAAAAUCUUACAGGAAGAAACCAGUCAAGAGUUUGUAAAGGACUAUAAUGAGAACAGAAGCAGAAUCACAGAAGCAGCUCUUGAUCUCACACUCUUCUUCCUGAGAGAGAUGAAGCAAGAUCAAGCUGCUGAUACUCUUGAGGGCGAGCUGUUCUUCAUCAAUCAGUUUAAAUGUAGCCUGAAAAAGAAAUAUCAAAGUGUGUUUGAAGGAGUUGCUCAGCAAGGAGACUCCACACUUCUGAAUAACAUCUACACAGAUCUCUAUAUCACUCAGGGUGAGAGUGAACAGGUCAACACUGAACAUGAGAUCAGACAGAUUGAAGCUGCUUCCAGACGUCAUCAGUCACUAGAGAUACAGGUUGAAUGCAAACAUUUGUUUGAAGCAGCUGAACAAGACGAGCAGAUCAGAACUGUCCUGACAAAAGGAGUUGCUGGCAUCGGGAAAUCAGUCUCUGUGCAAAAGUUUGUUCUGGAUUGGGCUGAAGGGAAAGAAAAUCAAGACAUCAGCUUCAUAUUUCCUCUUCCAUUCAGAGAGAUGAACUUAAAGGAGAAAGAAAGACAAAGUUUAAAAGACCUCAUAACUCAGUUUUUCCCAGAGGCUAAAGGACUGAACCUCACAAGAAGCACACGAUUCAAAGUCCUGUUAAUCCUUGAUGGAUUGGAUGAAUGUCGUCUUCCUCUGAACUUUGCUGGUAAUGAGACGUGUUGUGAUGUAUCUUCAGCAGUCUCUCUGGAUGUUCUCCUGACGAACCUCAUCAAGGGAAAUCUGCUUCCUUCUGCUCUCAUCUGGAUCACCAGCAGACCAGCAGCUGCCAGUAAGAUUCCUGCUGACUGUAUCGACCGGCUGACAGAGAUACGAGGAUUCAAUGAUGCCCAAAAGGAGGAGUACUUCAGAAAGAGACUCACAGAUCAGAAUCAGGCCGGAGAAAUCAUUGAUCACAUUAAACAGUCAAAGAGUCUCUUUAUUAUGUGCCACAUCCCCGUCUUCUGCUGGAUUUCAGCCACUGUUCUCCAGAAUAUUUUGAAGGAGAACAGAAAUACUGAACUGAAACAAUGGGCUAAUGCUGAAACACUGCAGGAAUCUCCCAAGACUCUGACACAGAUGUACACACACUUUCUCCGCUUUCAGAUCCAGCAGAGCAGAAGAAAGUAUGAUGGAGAAAACACACCAGAUGUCUCCUGGGAUCCAAAACUUGUCCUUUCACUGGGGAAACUGGCCUUCCAGCAGCUGAAAAGAAACAAUGUGAUCUUCUAUGAGAGCGAUCUGAAACACUGUGGCAUUGACGUCUAUAAGGCAUCGGUGUACUCGGGCAUGUGUACCCAGAUCUUUAAGAAGGAGACGGGGAUCAUUCGUGGUACCAUGUACUGCUUUCUUCACUUGAGCAUUCAAGAGUUCAUUGCAGCCCUUUAUCAACAUCUGUUUCGAGAGCUCAACAAGCAACCUUUACGUAUUUGUAGACAGAAAAGCAAAACUAAAUGUAUGAUUGAUUUGCUGAAGACUGCAGUGGACAAGGCUCUGGAAAGUGAGAAUGGACAUCUGGACCUUUACCUUCGCUUCCUUCUCGGUCUGUCACUCCAGUCCAAUCGACAACUCUUACGAGGCCUGUUGACACAGCAGGAUGACAGAGACCAGAGCAAAAGAGAAAUAAUUGCAUACAUCAAGCAGAAACUUGAAGGGAAUCUGUCUCCAGAGAGAUCCAUCAAUCUGUUCUACUGUCUGAAUGAACUGAAUGAUCAAACUCUGCUGAAACAGAUUCAGUCUCACCUCAGUAGAGGAAGUCUGUCAUCUGCUGACCUUUCACCUGCCCAGUGGUCUGCUCUGGUCUUUGUGUUGUUGACCUCAGAGGAGGAGCUGGAGGAGUUUGAGCUUCAGAAAUUCCAGAGAUCAGACGAGUGUCUCAUCAGACUAUCAGCAGUCAUCAAAUCCUCCAAAAGAGCUCAGCUACAGGGCUGUAAUCUCACUGUUCAGUGCUGUGAGAGUUUGUCUUCAGUUCUACAAUCCUCAAACUGUGUCCUGAGAGAGCUGGAGCUGAGUAACAAUGACCUGCAGGAUUCAGGAGUGAAGCUUCUCUCUGAUGGACUGAAGAGUCAACACUGUAAACUGGAGACACUGAGGUAA